AUGGGACAAACUGAUGUAUUUGAGUGGAUUAUAUUUGGCGAAAGUGUUAUUUCAUUGAUAUUAAGUAUCCUGGUCAUAUUUGCUUACUUUAAAUUCAAAAAGAUUAAGUCUUUUCCUUUUAAGCUAAUAAUGUUGCUUUGUGUAGCUGAUUCAUUUAAUAGCCUUGCUUAUUUUUUUGUUUUAUUUCAUGUUGAAGACAACUACAAUCUUUGCUAAGUUUAAGGAUUUUUUAUUUAAUAUUCGAAUGUAUCUUCUUUCGUAGUUACUUCGGUAAUCGCUUUAAAUGUGCUCUUGACGAUUGUUUAUAAUAGGUAGAACCCCGAAAAAUAUACUAAAUAUUAUCUUUUUGUAAGUUUUGUAAUUCCAUUAAUUAUUGCAGUUAUUCCAGCUAUUGCAGGUAAAUAUAAAAAUGAAGCUCCUUUCUAUUGCUGGCUUGACUAAAAGGAUUAUUCUUAUUACGUGGUGUUUGCUUUCGUUUUCUUUUAUGGAGUGCUUUGGGUUAGUGUGCUAUUUUUUAUUUUCUGUCUUAUUCGUGUAUAUAGAUAUAUUAAAUUUGUUGGAUUAGAACGUCCUGCAGCUCAGUUCUAUAAAAAGCUUCUCAAUUUUCCUGUAAUUAUGAUGAUUUGCUGGCUUCCUUCUACGAUAAAUCGCAUAAUAGAUUGGUUUAAUGAAGACUAUUCAACUCAUUAAUGGACUUAUUUCAUGCAUAUUUGCUUUGAUAUUUUGGCUAGUAUUUUAAACGUAUGCAUAUAUGGAUUUAAUGAGCAAGUAAGGAGAGAAUUCCGUAGAUACUUUUUCAGUAGAUAAGGAGUUGAAGAUUAUACUGAUUUGGAUGAAUAAGAUAAUAGAAAAAAGCUAUUAGAGCAUCCUAAACUAUAAAAGCUCAAUAUUGAUAGCAGCAGACUGAGAAAAGAUAAUGAACUAGGAUCUCCUAGCGAUAUAGCUUUCUUUAUGAAUGAAGACGAUGAUCAAUUAGGAUACAAUAGAAUAAAUAGAGCGAAUUAAUAGUCUGAUCAGUAUUAAGAAAUAAAUUUCUCAGCAGCUGAUGAAUCUUGA